GCGGCCUCGGGCCAUGGCGGAGCCGCCCGGAGCCGCCGCUCCGCGGGGCCGCGGCCGGGCCUGGCAGCGCGGCGGCUCCGCGCUGGUCGGUGAGGACGGCACGGAGCCCUCCGGCCCCGCUUUGAACGGUUCGGGCACGGAUCCCCCUGGCCCCGCUUUGAACGGUUCGGGCACGGAGCCCCCCGGCCCGCAGGAAGACACGGAGCCCCCCGGCCCCGCUGAGGACGGUUCGGACACGGAGCCCCCCGGCCAUGCUCACAAGGGUUCGGGCACGGAGCCCUCCGGCCCCGCUGAGGACGGUUCGGACACGGAGCCCCCCGGCCAUGCUCACAAGGGUUCGGGCACGGAGCCCCCCGGCCCCGCUGAGGACGGGCCGGGCACGGAGCCCCCCGGCCCGCAGGAGGACGCGGCUCCCCCGCUGGGGCCGGAGCUGUCGCUGGUGCCGCCGGAGCUCCGCGCGCGGCUGCUGGACCGGCGGGACUACCGGGGCCGUGCCCAGGCCGUGGAGCAGCUGCGGCGGGCGCUGGAGAGCUGCAGCCCCGCCGCGCUGGGCGCCGCGCCCGCCGCCGCCCUGCUGGGGCUGAUCGCGCUGCUGGACGCGCUGCUGCACGACCCCAACUUCGCGGUGGCGCGGGGGGCGCUGGAGGCGACCCGGCUGCUGGCGCUGCGCCUCGGCCGCCGCGUCCCCGCCGUGCUGGCCCCGCUGGUGUGCGCGGCCGCCCGGGCGCUCGGCGACGCGCAGCCGGCGAUGCGGCGGGACGGCGGCCGGCUGCUGCUGCGGCUGAUGGCGGCGGCCGGGCCGCGGCCCGUGCUGCGCCUGCUGCUGCAGGAGCGGCUGCUGCGGCACCGCAGCGCCCGGCUCCGCGAGGAGCUGCUCAACGCCUGCACCGCCGCGCUGCUCGCCUACCCCGCCGCCGAGCUGGACCUGCCGCAGCUGGCGGCCGCCCUGGCGCCGGCGCUGCUGGACGCCAAGCGCAGGGUCCGGCACGCCGCCAUGGAGGCGUUGGCCGCGCUGGCCUCGGCCCUGGGCCCCGGCAACGCCGGAGCGCUGCUCCGCGCCCUGGACGCGCUGGAGCUGCGGGCCGGCGGCGCGGGGGUGGCGCACGCCGUGCAGGCCCGGCUGGCCAGGAAGGUGCUGCCCAGGCUGGGCGAGCAGGGGCUCGUGGAGUACGGCGUGCCCUUGCCCUCGUCCGGCCGCUGCCGCGGGCCCUGCCCGCCGCCCGGCGCCGACACCGAGUGGCUGCUGAUGGGCAGCAGGAGCCGGAGCGCGCACGGCCGCUGCGGGCACGCCGCCUGCCGCGAUGCCCUGCGCGGCCCCGCCGGUGCCCAGCGCGGACUGAGCCCCAGGAGAGUCCUGAGCGCCGGCAGAGCGCUCAGAAACAAGCUGCCCUGGGAGAACGAGCCGGCUGCGGACAAGGAAGGUGGCUCGGGGGUGAGGAUGCCUGUCACGAAGGGUGUGGAGCAGUUGGCUGCAGCCAAUGAUUUCCUCCACUCCCCGCAGCUCCGGCCCUCGCAGGGAAGCCCAGGCAGUGAUGAGCUGCUUUUCAGCAGGAGCAGAGCUUCCAGGGCUUCAUUCCAGCCCAGUGUGGAGCUGAACUCGGAGCACUCUGUCCUUGCUGCUGGUGCUCUGGGCUCUCAUCAGCCCCAGAUUUCAGGGAAAUGUGGGACACUUGGAUACCCACAGGCACGUGGGAAGAGUGGCAGCGUGGGCUCUGAUUUGCAGUUUUUGGGACUGAACAACUGUCAGCAGGACAAAGUUUGUUCCAGCCUCAGUUUUUCCAGCAAGACCCAGAGAAGUUUUUGCACUCAGGCAGAGCCCACCAUGUCCUUCCAAGGUCCCAGUGCCAGCCAGGGCACCUUCAUCCUGCCCUCCUUCCCCCUGUCAUCCCCCAGGAACAGCCCCAAGCACCUCUCUGCUCCUGCUGCCCCUGCAGGGAAGUCCCAGGAGGAUCCCAGGAGCCUCUCCAGUUCCUGGCCUCUCAAAAGCUUCCAGGGGCUGCCUAAGCCUGGUUGCCAGAAGCAGCUGCUCAGCCAAAAGCCAGGAGACAGCACAGGGGACAGCCCACUGGAGAAGCCCCCCCUGCAGCUGGAGAAGCCCCCCCUGCAGCUGGAGAAGCAUUCCCUGCAGCUGGAGAAGCCCCCCCUGCAGCUGGAGAAGCAUUCCCUGCAGCUGGAGAAGCAUUCCCUGCAGCUGGAGAAGCCCCCCCUGCAGCUGGAGAAGCAUUCCCUGCAGCUGGAGAAGCCCCCCCUGCAGCUGGAGAAGCCCCCCCUGCAGCUGGAGAAGCAUUCCCUGCAGCUGGAGAAGCCCCCCCUGCAGCUGGAGAAGCAUUCCCUGCAGCUGGAGAAGCAUUCCCUGCAGCUGGAGAAGCCCCCCCUGCAGCUGGAGAAGCAUUCCCUGCAGCUGGAGAAGCAUUCCCUGCAGCUGGAGAAGCAUUCCCUGCAGCUGAGGGCUGCCCUGGGCAGAGCCCCGGGGCCGCAGGGGCUGCGGGGGGCCCGGCCCGUGCCCCCCAUCCCGCACCUGCCCAGCCCCCGGGAGCCCCCCGGCAGCAGGGAGGGCACGGAGCUGGCAGCAGGGCUGGCAGAGCUGCACCUGGAGCCUGAGGAGGUGGACCAAGAAGAGAUGCAGAAUUCCCUGAGGUCCCUGCGGAGCAGCGCGGCCAAGAAGAGGGCAAAGCUGAGCAGCAGCAUCGCCGAGCUGGAGAGCCCCGACUCCGCCGUGAAACUGGAAUUCUCCGGGGACUGCCCCUCCCAGGGCUCCUCCCCCGGCGCCGCCUCCACCGGCGAGAGUGGAAUUUCCAGCCAGGGGUCCCUGGGCUCCCCCGUGGCCACGCUGCCCCCCAGGAGGAGAGUGAUGUCAGACACUUUUCCAGCACUUGGCAGCAAAUCCCAUCCUGCAAAAGUAUCUCCAGCAAGGCCCAGAGACACAGAGGGGGCAGAGCAUCCCCCCAGCACAGGCCCUGCAGAGUCAGUGCCUGGUUUUGCACCAAAGAACGAUCUGGGUUUCACAUCUGAAGACGUUGCUGUUGUUGGCAAAGGUGUUUUUGGGAGCCCUCCUGCCCCAGCUCCCAGCCAGUCCAUGCCCUGUGUGGCCAAUGGGGAUGCCCAGGGUGCCAGGGAGGGGGCAGAGGCAGCCCCAGGGAGAAGCUUCCAGCAGGACAGCCCUUCCCAUUGCCAUUCCCAUGCAGGGGAUGAAGGAGAGAUAAAAGUGACCUUGUCAAAAUCUGCUCAGGAGAAGCUGAGGAGGAAGAGGAAAGAAGACAAAGAACACAGCCAUAAAGAGCAGCAGGAAGGCAAAGAUGUGGAAGGGAAGGAAGAAUUCCCUUGGGAAAGGAUUAGACUGAGUAUGAGUGAACCAGAAAAACUCACAGCAGAAAGGUUUAAUCUCUGUGGGGAUUUAUUGACAUCACCAAGAAAUGGAUCUUUGUCCUUAGAAAAUGUGGCCUUGAACCCUUCCCUGAAAAGAACGUCCAGUUUGAAGAGGUCAAAGUGUUCAUCCUUGCUAGAUUCUGAGGAGCCGUGCCCGCCGCGGGGCCGCUGCCGGGAGCCGCCGGUGACGCAGAGCCCCGAGGUGCUGGACCCCGCCGAGCUGCUGCCCUUCCCCCGGCCCGAGCCCGCGCUGGCAGCGGCGCUGGCGCUGCUGGCUGACCACGACUGGGAGAAGAAAAUUGAAGGUCUGAACUUUGUCAGGUGCUUGUCUGCCUACCAUGCCCCUAUUCUGACUGCAAAGCUCCACGAAACAACUCUGGCUGUGGCUCAAGAGGUCAAGAAUUUACGCUCAGGUGUUUCUCGAGCUGCUGUGGUCUGUUUAGGGGAUUUGUUCACCCACCUGAAAAAGAGCAUGGAUCAAGAACUAGAUAAUGCAGUAAAAGUCCUUUUGCACAAAGCUGGGGAAUCCAACACUUUUAUAAGGGAAGAGGUAGACAAGGCACUGAAGGCCAUGGUUAAUAAUGUGACUCCAGCACGUGCACUUUGUUCUCUUAUAAAUGGAGGGCAAAGCCACCUGCACUCGGCCGUGAGGAGGUGCACAGCCCAGCACCUGGGGGACAUCGUGGAGCGCAUGGGCCCCGAGCGCGUCCUGGCCGGCGGCCGGCCCGUGGCUGAGCGGCUGCUCCCUGCCAUUGCCAGGUUUGCCCAGGACAGCUCGCAGCAAACACGGUACUACGGGCGGAGGAUGCUCUUCAGCAUGAUGGAUCAUCCUGACUUGGAUAAAACCCUGGAGAAGUUUGUGCCAGCCAAGGAUUUGCCUUACAUCAAGGAAACUGUUGGCAGCCUACGAGAGAAGGGCCUGGGGGAGAUGCCCUUGGAUACACCCUCAGCCAAAGGGAGGCGUUCCCAGACUGGAAAUGUUGGACAUUUGAGGUCAUCCUCUACUUGCAGAGAUGCUCCCAUCAUCCCGGACAGGGACAGCACGGAGGCCCACGAAGCCCCAAGGAGAGCAGCUCCUCGCAGUGCCCUGGAGAGUGAGGAAUAUGUCAGGGACAUCGUGGGGCUCCUGAACGCCAAAGAUUUCCGGGAGCGCAUCGGGGGCGUGCGGCAGCUGCUGCUGGACACGGAGAGCAGCCCAGGCCUGGUGCUGGCCAACAUCGUCAGGAUCUUUGAUGCUUUCAAGCCUCGCCUACACGACUCCAACAGCAAAGUGAACCAGGUGGCUUUGGAGGCCAUGCACAAGAUGAUUCCACUGCUCAAAGACAAUUUAUCACCUGUGAUCAACAUGUUAAUUCCUGCCAUAGUGGACAACAACCUCAACUCCAAAAAUCCAGGGAUUUAUGCAGCUGCCACAAACGUUAUCCAGGCUCUAUGUCAACACUUAGACACCUCCCUGCUCCUGCAGCCAUUCUGCACAAAAGCCCAGUUCCUGAGUGGGAAAGCAAAGCAGGACCUGACAGAAAAGCUGGCUGAGCUGGUGCCGGAGCUGUACCCUCGGAAGCCCUGUGCCGUGGAGCAGAAGGUGCUGCCCGUGCUGUGGCACCUGCUGGGCAGCUCGGCCAGCGGCGGCUCCGUGCCCGGCCCCCGCGCCGCCGCGGCCGCCUUGGCCCAGGCCCUGUGGGCACAGAUGGGCCCCGGCCUGCUCGCCCACGCCGCGGCCCAGCCCCCGCACAUCAGGAAGAGCCUGGAGGAGCUUUUGGAGACGGGAACGUAAAACUGUGAAAUCGCCGUCCCCGCAGAGGCUCCAGCCCAGGACCUGUCCCUGGAUUGCCCAUGAAGAACCACGGUCACAUCAGCACUGCGCUUUACGUGGAGAAGUGGAAGAGAAUCCUGGACACAGUGAUGCAGUGCUGUUUGUGAAAAACAUGUAUUUUUGUACCCCCACAGGCAGUGGUGCAGUAUUUGUUGUCUCAGGGCUGGGCAGUGGGGAGAAUGAACCCCAACCCUUUUCCUUCCUCAGCUGCGGGCUCUGGACACAUUGGACAUGGGACACAAUGAGAUAUAUAAAUAAAGGGAUUUAUUUCUGUA